UCUAUGAGAAUUAGGAUUAAAGGAACCCAUUUAAUAUCAAUAUCAAAUUUGAAUAAUAACAAUAAGAAAAGACCAUAAUCAAUUACCUAACUGCCAAAUUUUGAUAUUAAUAAAAAAAAAUCUCUUAUCCUUUAACCAUAGACAAAAAUUCCCGCCAAGCGCAAUAAAAAUACAAAACAAAAAAUAAAAAAUAAAGAUAUUUUUCAAAUUAGUUCACACACAAUUAUUGUUUAUUGAAAUAUGGGUAUUAAUACAGAAUUUGAAAAUUUUGAACAACAAUUCUUGGAUAUAAUCGGCGAGUUCCGAUCUAUUUCAGAUUCUGAAAGACGCCUUCGAGAUGCUUUACGUACUGAGUCCAUAAAGGCUGAGGCAGCAGAAGCAGCUCGUGAGGCCGCGGAACGAGCCGCCACUGAAGCCCGUAGCGCAGCUAUGGCGGCCACUGCUGGUGCUUCACAGGCCACCGGAACCCUCGUUAAGGCUCAAGAUGAAAUCACUGGCCUUAAAAUUCAACUAGAAUUAGCCGAACGUCAGCGUACUCUUCUGGAAGAGCGCUGCUCAACAAUAUCUGAUCAAAUAGUGUCGCUAGAGAGGGAAGUCCAACAAUUGAGACCCUUACAAGCGGCACAUUCUACUCUCCAAAGGCAAUAUAUGGAGUUACAGGAACGUGUCCGAAUUGCAACUGAAGAAACUCGUAGUGAGGUAUCUCGUUUGGAAAACGACCUUCGAAGAGUCGAGAAGUGUGCCGCCGGGGGGUCAGAGUUAAGGGAAAGAGCACGCUUAGCUGCAGCAGCGCACGCACGUGAGAGACGUUUGUCAGCUGCCGAGCUGCAACACACGUCGCGCGAAUUACUCGCAGCUAACUCCGAAGUUACCAGGCUUGCAGCACUGGUAGCUGAACUAAAACUUCGUUUGUCAGAGUAUUCUAAGAAUUGUAAUUCGAAUACGAAAACAGUUGAUCACGAUGCUAACGCAUUAUCCGAAACAAGAGCAGCUUUAGAAGCAGAGAGAGCGGGGGCCGCUCGACUCGAGCGUGCCUUAGCAAACGCACUCUCUGAUAAUGCUACACUGGCAGCGAGAUUGCACGCUAACGAUAACACCGCCUCACAAUCUUCACAGUCGGCCAAACCGGUUGAAAGCUCCAAUCCUACGCAAUUUUGUCCAAUUGAUGCAUUUCUUGCUGAAUAA